UAAAAUCGCGGUGUUCGCCACUGUCUGCCUACCGUUGUUGUUCUGUAUUGUUAUAUUCCGCCAAAAUAUGUAUUUUUUGAAUUAUUUGCGGUUACAUUAAAACUUCCUAUUGGAUGAGGAACUUCCGGAGCUUAGCGCUGUUUUAGACUAAACGCACAGAAGCUUAAAUGGAGCCAACGGGCCGCUAACAACAGCAGGCUAACUGAAGCUAACUGUGGCUAACAGUUUCGUGUUAGUUUUGUUUUUGUUGUGAUUUUGUUUAAAUAAACAAACGCUUUUUAAAUAUGACGUCAGCCUCUGCUAAGGUCGGGGAGAUCUUCUCAGCAGCUGGAGCAGCUUUCACCAAGCUGGGCGAACUGACCAUGCAGCUCCACCCGGUGUCCGACUCCAGCCCCGCAGGAGCCAAGUGGACGGAGACGGAGAUCGAGAUGCUGCGAUUGGCUGUGCGUCGCUUUGGAGACGACCUCAACAACAUCAGCACUGUGAUCAAAGAGCGCACUGUCGCUCAGAUAAAGAGCACGGUGAAGAGGAAGCUGUAUGAGGACAGCAGAGUCCCCCUUUCCACCGAAUCUCCAAAGAAAACUGUCAAAAAGGCGGCAGUUUCCAUGACGCCCACCUCCGUUGCAGCUGCUCCCACUAUGAUCACCGUGCCGACCUCGCAGGUUGUCGUGCCAACAGGGAUGCAGAACAGCCCAUCAUUAGCCCCACCCAUUAAAAAACAGAAGACAGCAGGAACAUUCCAGAUUUCUCCUUUGAUUUCUCCAUCUUCUCCUGCAGACGUGACGCUCAGCGCUCUAAACGACUCGGACGUGAACAGUGACCUGGUGGACAUUGAAGGACUCGGCGACGGUACCGCCAACAAAAAGCUCAACUUUGACCAAGAGAGCCUCAAUCUGGACUCCAGCCUCAUCAUGAACUCCAGUGACCUUCCUCUUCUGUCCCGCUGACAUCUCUGGAGAAGCUUCACCGCCUCCUUGAAUGCUUUUAUUUUGAAAGAGGACAAGUUGCUUGCCUUGCCGUCGCCCGUCAGUGUUUUAUUGUUGUAGAGAGGUGACAGAAAGCCAUCAGGGCAGGUUUUCCUUAGUUUUCAUCAGUUUUCAGUUUGAGACAUUGAGCUGCAGAUGAAGAUGUGGUUGAUCUCUUAGCCUGUCUCCUGAUUCAAACUCCUUAUUUAAUCCCUGCCUAUAACUUAGAUCCUCAUAAAAACAGUUAUAUGUUUGGGACUAAAAGUCUAGGAGAGUUUUAGGGUUCUGAUAAUCUGACAUCCAGUGAAAAAUAAAACCGCUGUUGCAUCUGGGUAAAA